AUGGCAUUCCUACAUCAUCAAUCAUGUGAGUGUGUGAAAUCUGAAUUGGACUUGUUUACGCUACCCGCAACACAAACUAGCAUCGAGAAUGGCAAAUGGGUUCAAUACAAACCAAUUUCCUCGUUAACAGAUGAUUCACCCAUAGAGUUUGUAGUGCCCGGUCAUGGUGAUCAGUACUCUGACUUGUCAAAUACAAUGCUAAAUAUUAAAGCAUGUAUUGUAAAACCCGAUGGUACAAAACUGGACCCAUUGGUAGAUACAUCAGUUGGUCCAGCAAUUAAUUGGUUACACUCAAUGUUCAGUCAAGUAGACUUGUAUGUAAACCAAAAAUUGGUUACACCACAAAACAAUACUUACGCUUACCGUUCGUACAUUGAAACACUACUCAACUAUGAUGAAAGUGCUAAAGACUCACAUCUAUCCUGUGCUCUGUGGUAUGAUGACAAGUCUGGUGAAAUGGAUGAUUGUGAAAGUAAAAAUACAGGUCUGGAAAAUCGCAGAUAUUUUACAAAGUCAAGCAAUGUUGUAGAUAUGGUUGGUCAUUUGCAUGUGGAUUUAUUCAAUCAGGAAAAAUUUUUACUUAAUGGUGUGGAACUGCGUUUGCGUCUAGUGAGAUCAAGAGAUUCGUUCUGUCUAAUGUCCAAAACAGAGAAGUAUAAAGUCAAGAUUGUUGAAGCAAAUCUUUUGAUACGUAAAAAUAAAAUAAAUCCUACAGUGUUGUUGGCUCACAGCAAGACUUUGGAAAGUGGAACAGUCAAGUACCCGAUAACAAGAGUCGAAGUGAAAGCUAUGACCAUACCCUCAGGCAUUCAAGGCAAGACAUUGGACAAUGUUUUUCUGGGACAGCUACCAAAAAGAAUAAUUGUUGGUCUAGUAAGCAACAAAGCAUUUAAUGGUGAUUUCAAAUCAAACCCAUUUAAUUUUCAAUCCUACAAGGUGAACUUCUUCUCACUCUACGUUGAUGGAGUUCAGAUACCAUCCAAACCACUGCAGCCAGAGUACUCUGAAAAUAAGGAAUUAUCUGUUAUGUCCUAUCACACAUUGUUCAGUGGGACUGGAAUACACUUUCUGAACUUGGGUAACAGCAUUACUCGCAGCGAUUAUUCUCAAGGUAACUGUGUUAUGGCAUUUUACCUGACACCGGACUUAUCUGCCAACGCCACCACUCACUGGAACCUCAUUAGACAUGGUAGUUUAAGGAUUGAACUUGGAUUCUACGAAGCUUUGACCGAAACCAUCAAUUGCAUCGUUUACGCAGAGUUUGACAACAUAAUUGAAAUUGACAAAAAUAGAAAUGUAACGGUUGACUAUGGGAGUUAA